AGGGAGUUAUGUCGGCAGGCGAGGAUGAUGGGGAGGCGGCAGCGCCCGUGUACGUGUACGAAUCCAAGGUCCACUGCACCAACGUGCUGCUUAGCCUGGAGGAGCAGCGGCGGCAGGGCAUCCUGUGCGACGUGACCGUACUGGUGGAGGGAAGGGAGGUGCGCGCACAUAGGGCCGUCCUCGCUGCUAGCAGUCGCUACUUCCUGCAGGCGCUGUUGGGUCACAACGGGUCACUGGGCGAAGUGGAGCCCAUCAUUAACCUGCCAGACAAGGUGACAGCUAAGGGUUUUGCUCCACUGCUCCAGUUUGCAUACACAGCCAAGCUGGUUUUAAGUCGGGAAAACAUCCACGAGGUCAUCCUGUGCGCUGACUUCCUGGGUGUUCACAAUUUGGAGGACUCUUGCUUCCGGUUCCUUCAAGCCCAGCUACAGAAUGAUGACCAACAUGCCAGUAAUAGCAAGGUGGAAUAUGAUGACGACAUCACGGCCGAGGACACAGUCUUUUCGGAGGCAAUAUCCUUGGAUCAUUCUACAGAGAUGAGGCAGCAGACCAAUCAUGUAGCAAGCACCGCGUCACCUCCCGUUGACCUUUCUCAAUGUCCCAAGUACAGGAAAUAUCAGUACCAGAUCUGUGACAGCAAGCACAAUGGAGAAAACUAUCAUGGCAGUGAUGAUGUCAUUUUGGCCAACCAUACCUCAGUCAGCCCUGUGAGCUCACAGCUCACAGACACCAGUGCUGCUCAUCAAACUCUCCUUACACCCUCCAGGAUCAAAGAGGAACAAUUUGUGUUCGAGGAAGAAGGAGACGAAAAGAGCGGUUGCAACCCAGAAUUAUGUACUGAGGAGGUACUGGAGAUGGAGCUGGAGGUAGAAGGGGUUCCAGUAGCAGCCGAGCACUCUCCGAGCAGAGGUUCACCCUCUUCUUGCCUGCGUUCCUACCUCCAGAGAGGUGGCCUGGAUCUCAAUGGCGUGCCCAGCACCACCAUCCAGCAGCUACUCACCAACAGACUGUCCCUCAACCACUACAGGGAACUGGUCAAAGACAGGCAGAGGGAUAAGAGGGAAUCUCUGGGUCAAGUGGACCUCAAGACCGGCAUUACAGAUGUAAUACCAGCAGCGCUGACUGGCAUUGGCAAGAACAUGGAAAGGCCAGUGUCCAACGCCUCAUCCUCUAAACAUGAAGGGGAGCUAGACAGAUGCAGUGUCAUUUUCUCUUCAGCAGCUGGUGAGCGACAAAUGUUGGCCCAUUCUUACAUGGAUGACAAGUUCAGAGAAAAAGUCUCAACCCUGAUGCAGGUAGAAGCUCCUUCUUCCGGCCGGUCAUGCCUCACCACCAGCUGCCCUAUUCCCAUCAAGACAUCAGCCCACUCCCCUCCUCCUUCUGAGCCCCGAACCCAGACUUCCAGCUCCCGGUCCUCAUUCUCUUACCCAGAGGACACAGGCAGUGGUAGCUCACCUUCCAGCCUUCCCCACUUUGACUUCUCCUCAUCCCCGCACUCAGGCUCCACCUCUGGACUGUCUCACUGCUUGGCUGGGGUAAUGGAGCAGAGGAACCCCCACAGCGGAGAGGUGGUCUUCUCUCAGGGUUGCACCAAGAUCAAAAAUGAACGGGGAUUCGGUGCCAGUGGUGGCAACUCCAGCGACGAAUCAGGCUCUUUCUCAGAGGGAGACAGUGAAAGUGGCCUCUCCAGAGUCUCUGGCCCUGAGGUAAAGCUGCCCUUCCCCGUGGACCACAUCACCAACCUGCCACGCAACGACUUCCAGAUCCUCAUCAAAAUGCACAAGCUGACCUCAGAGCAGCUGGAGUUCAUCCAUGACAUCCGCCGCCGCAGCAAAAACCGCAUCGCCGCCCAACGCUGCCGCAAGAGGAAGCUGGACUGCAUCCAGAACCUGGAAGGCGAGAUCCGCAAACUGGUGUGCGAGAAGGAGAAGCUGCUGAGCGAGCGCAACCAGCUGAAGGUCUGUAUGUCUGAGCUGUGGCAGAACCUCUCCUUUCUCUCCCAGCAAGUGUGCAGGGAGGUACAGGGCACCCAGCCGCCUCCCGUCUCCGCCAGCAUCGACCUGACGUCCAACCCACCGUCGCCUUCCUCUGACGAGGGCUCGUUCCAACCCAGGUCGCCUGUGUCGCAACAGAGUGAUGCCGCAUGUCUGUCUGACGUGGGUCCCAGUCAAAGAGGACUGGAGGAUAGGCAGCCUGGGGUGGAGGUGUCAGGUCUGGGACAGGAGAACCCAGAGUGUCCACUGGUGCUUGGAUCCACUGAGGAAGUAUGUAGCCCCACUGUAACAGUGGAUUUCUGUCAGGAAAUGACUGAGAAAUGCACAACAGAGGAACAGGAGAGACAGGAGUAUACAUAGAGUCUGGAGGGUCGGUGACACACUCAUACUUGUCUAUACCUAAAAAAAGUAUUUUCUUCUUUUUUGUAAUAGAUGACACAAGUUGUCUUAUCAGCAAUACUGUUCAACAGGUAUUUUUGGACUGGUGAUAAAACAAAAGCACUGGCAGCUUUCUCUCUCUCUUUCUCUCUUCUUUCUGUCUCAUCCUGACCUUUUCUUCCUGUCAGCUUCCCUCCCACUCUUGUGCAUCAUGGGAGGUUAAACUCAGGAAUUCCUCAGAAUGUUCACUAUUGUCCCUGUUAACAUGUACAUACACUUUACUUUACAGUCUUGUCAAAUCUUGACAAUUACUUAAAUACAUACCGUCAAUUAUUCAUACUUGACCUCUAAUUUUAAACAUCUGUCACUUGUGGUUCACCAAAGCAAUAGUUCAACAGAGUGAGAGUGAGAUGGUCAGUUUGUUAUCAAUGUCAUGUCUGUUUUGUACAGAGCUGGAGUCAGGACGUAGUUAGCCUAGCUUAGCAUAAAGAUUUGAGGCAGGGGAAAUAACUCGCCUAGCUGCAUUCAAAAGGAAAACACAUGCUUAUUAUAUCUAUAACAAGUCUAUGGCAGACCUAUAAAUAUAAUAAUGUGUGUUUUUAGAGCAUAGACUGUAUAUAAAGACGAGGGAGUAAGUGAGGAGGCAAAGCCAAAGUAUUCCGAAUAUGGUCACUGCCAUCUUACGCUGGUGUCAUAAUUUGGAGCCAGAGACUGUGCAGCAGUAAACAGGGUUGGAGCCGUGGUUUUUAUAGCAUCAAAUAACUUAUUACAACCAAAAUGAUCCGAAAAAUGAACACUUGAACAUACAUCAGCGUCAUAAGAACUAGCUCAAAUGACAUGAAACCAGAGCUAGAUACAGGUCCAGGUUUUGUUUUGUUUUUUUGUUUUUUUCAAACCUGUCAAACACACUGUGACAGAAAUGCUGCAUUUAGGCAAAGUCAGCAGAAUUGGAAGAAUAGAAAAAAACUGUUCAGGCAUUAUUCCAAGAUGUAUAGUCACACUUUUUAACUAGCUUAAAUUAGCUACUUUUGUUGUGUUCUAUGUGUGUAGUGGUUAGAUCCCUUUAAGUUAGCUACAUUAAUUAUAUUUGUUUUAAUCAUGAUUUAUGAUUUUUUUUAAUAUUAGAUGUAACAUCCAGCAAUGGUGGCUUUGCUGUCAUUUUGCAACCUAUAUCAUACAUAUAACAUCACAUUACAUUGCUGUUUGUGUACAGGUAAAGGAGAUACUUGUUAAUUAGUGCACUCUAGAGUAGGCUGCUUCACCGUGCUUCCACUCUGCAUGCUAACCACGUCCCAACUCCAGCUCUGUAUUUAAGACACAGUUAGAGAUCGAUAUCCAUCGAUUAACCUCACUCUAAGAAGGAAUACAAAUAAGUAUAUUUACCAAAAUGUUGAACAAAUCUUUUAAAUUACUCACACUAUGCUACAACAUCAAACAUAGACCUUUUGCCACAACACUGAGCAUUUUGAGUGAUCCCAUAAUUGUUGAGUGACACAGGACUUUAAAGUAAAAUGUUACCAAAGGUGUGUAUUUUUAAAAUGUUACAUUAGAUGAAAUGGUCAAAUGAACUCACGUUAUGCAAAGCUGCUUUUGUCAAGCUUCACGUUUACUUUUUGUUGUACUCAGAUGGACGUUUCUACACAUUUCUCCCUUGUUUCAAAUCCGCGCUAGGAGACAGAGCUACAUUACAAAGUCCAAGCACUGCCCAGCUCCUCCAAGAAGUGACGCCUGGCAUUGAAUAUAGAUGAACGCAUUGUGACGUUGGCACUUAAAACAAGCCCCCAAGCCAAUCACUUGGUGUUCAGAUAGAUUAAAGGACCGUACCAGUGUCGAUUUAUAUUUCGGCCGACAAUUUUCCAAAGAAUGCUUUAGUGUUUCUCAGUUGAUUUCAUUCACAUCUGCUCUGUAUGAAAAUCAACAGAAUAUGCAGAAUAGUUAAAGUUGCUUGAGUUUUCAUAUAAAAAUUACAUAAUUCCUGAUUUUGUUGCUGUCAAAAUUACACAGUCAAACUGGGUGAUGCUUUAUUUUACAGGUUCCUAGAUUCACAAUGAUUCCCUAACUAAAAACUGUAAGGUACCUGGAAUAAUAAUUGUAGGGAAAAUGAAA